UGACUUUUUAUUUCGAAGCAUUCUAAAAUUAUUUUACAAUUCUGCUUGGAAAAAACUGCAAAUGCUCUACACUCCAGUCCAGCAGGUGGCGCUAAGACACAAAUAUUUAUUUGACAGCCACCAUUAAACCUCAGAGGAAGAAGAUUCGUUUUCAGCGCGAUCUCUGGUGUUUUGUUGUGGUAGCUGGGUUAAUACAAACUGUUAGGAAUUUACUGUUGGUAUUUUGAGAGAUAAAUAACUUUGAAUCAGGUCAGUAAAUACAUGUAAUAUUCUAUAAUCUUGACUAAGUCUUCAAGGAAUCAGGAACAUCUGGUCAUCUGUAUCAUCUGAUCUGAGAUCUGCUGCUGUGAAGAUGGUGUUUGUUAAAGAGGAGAGUGAGGAGGACAUGAGUGAACCAAAACCCUGGAGGAUAAAACACGAGGAACAAGGAGGUUUGGUGAAAGUGAAAGAGGAAAGAAAAGAUCUGAUUGAAGUGGAGGAGAAACAUCAGCAUCAGAAAGAUCAUGACGUCCCUGGAGAAGAAUCAAUGAGUUGCAGCAUUCAAAAAAAAGAAGUCAAAAAACCUUUCAGCUGCUCUCAGUGUGAGAAAACUUUCACACGUAAAAGCAGCCUUAAGGAUCACAUGAUGACUCAUGCUAGAAUAAAGUCUUUCAGCUGCUCUCAGUGUGGAAAGAGUUUUACACGUAAAGGAAGCCUUAAGAAGCACAUGUUAAUUCAUACCGGAAUAAAGGCUUUUGUCUGCUCUCAGUGUGGAAAGAGUUUUACACUUAAAACACUCCUUACUGAACAUUUAGAAACUCACAGUUCAGUAAAGCCUUUCAGCUGCUCUCAAUGUGGAAACACUUUCACACGUAAACGAAGCCUUAAGAGGCACAUGUUAAUUCAUACCGGAAUAAAGGCUUUUGUCUGCUCUCAGUGUGGAAAGAGUUUUACACUUAAAACACUCCUUACUGAACAUUUAGAAACUCACAGUUCAGUAAAGCCUUUCAGCUGCUCUCAGUGUGGAAAAACUUUCACAUGUAAAGGAAGCCUUAAGAGGCACAUGUUAAUUCAUACCGGAAUAAAGGCUUUCAGCUGCUCUCAGUGUGGAAAGAGUUUCACUCAUAAAACAUACCUUAAUGAACAUUUAGUAACUCACAGUUCAGUAAAGCCUUUCAGCUGCUCUCAGUGUGGAAAAACUUUCACAUGUAAAGGAAGCCUUAAGAGGCACAUGUUAAUUCAUACCGGAAUAAAGCCUUUCAGCUGCUCUCAGUGUGGAAAGAGUUUCGUACAUAAAGAUAACCUUAAAAUUCACAUGUUAAUUCAUACCGGAAUAAAGGCUUUCGUCUGCUCUCAGUGUGGAAAGAGCUUCACACAUAAAGGAAGCCUUGAGAAGCACAUGUUAAUUCAUACCGGACUAAAAGCUUUCAGCUGCUCUCAGUGUGGAAAGAGUUUUACACAUAAAACAACCCUUAAUGAACAUUUAGUAACUCACAGUUCAGUAAAGCCUUUCAGCUGCUCUCAGUGUGGAAACACUUUCACACGUAAAACAAGCCUUGAGACUCACAUUAGAAUUCAUACCGGAAUAAAGCCUUUCAGCUGCUCUCAGUGUGGAAAGAGUUUCACCUGUAAAAGGGGAAUUAACACUCACAUGAGCAUUCACACUGGAGAGACGCCUUAUGCGUGUCAUGUGUGAGAAGAGGUUUGAGUGGAACAUUAAGGCUGAUUGAUACUUCUGCGUCGAGGGUACACCAUAGCUCACAGGCUGUUUGUACCACGCAUAGCCUACGACGUAGCCUGAUGUGCACCUCUUCAAAAAUGUAACAACACGCCAAUUCUAUGUGGAUCUCAAGCGCUGUGAUUGGUCUGCUAGAACCACUCCCUUUGGUCAAAAAACUGGCGCGGAGCACUUUCAACUGCCAUAGGAAUGAAAAAACACUCUGUUUCAGAGGACACAUACAGUCAAGCUGCAACAAAAGUCAUUACCUAUUUGCCGUUUCUUUAUGUAAGCUUCUAUGACAACGUACAUGACGAGCUGCUUCGGCUUUUGUUUUGAUACUCAACAUGACCGCAGACACUGCCUCCUAGUGGUCUGCAUGCACAUCGACGUGGACAACGUCGCAGAAGUAUAAAUGAAAACAGACGCAUAGCCUACGGUGCAGAGGCUCCAGCAUAGGUCCGACGCAGAAGAAUAACUGAAGACUGAAGAGGCACCAGAAAGUUCAUAUAAAGUAAAAGCCUCAUGUCUGUCCUGUUUGUUGAAGGAGGUUUCUAGGGUCGACUCUAAAAAGGCAUGAGCAUGAGAGUGUGAACUUUUAUACCGUGAAUGUGGGAACAUUUUUAAUAGUGCUGUAUGGGUUUUUUUUUUUUUUUUUUUUGGCUGAUAUUUAGGAAACAUGUUAAGUUCAUGUAAUGGAGACCAGCUGGUAGAGAGCUGUGCAGGUAAACCUCGAUCCCCUGACAUCAAAAGGCGCACUAGCGACUGAUUUUAGAGACUAGUAGUCAUUAGCAUCCUUGUUAGCACACCCGCCUCCCAUGCCAGGGACCCGGGUUUGAGUCCCGCUCAGGGGUGCGUUUCCCGAACAACGAUGUAACUCGCUGCUGAACUACCAUAGUAUGAUGCAUCGUUGAACAAAUCAACUAGCUAGUCACGACUGUUUCCUGAAAACGUAUUGUUGCAAACUUGACGUUCAACCACGUUGGUGAAUGACGUCACACAGGUGGUGGAGUAGUAACUUCUUUAAAUGAAUCUGCUUGAGAUCGAAUUAAUGCUAGAAUUUCCGCUAUAAAUUACAGACAUGGCAUUAGAGGCCAAUGUUCAGUUAUUUUGCUUUAUUUCCAGAUUGAAUCAAAUGCUUGUUCUGACAUACUAGAGCUUGUAUGCACAUGAACACUUUUCAAAAACGGUGCUUUAAAUCUCUUGGCAAACUUAAAUAUAUAAACGAUAUUUGUAUAUAUUCUAAAUAAAAGAUAUACAUUGUACUUAAUGGCAGCGUGCUUAUUUUGCUCAAGAUAACAAUUUAUUAAGUCCUAAAUUAAGUCAUAAAAACAAGAAACUAUGCUUCUAACCACAGCACGAGAACUGUCGUUCAACCACACAAGUUUUCGAUGCAAUUUGCGAAUGUUUGUUUGAAUGAUGGUUUCGUGAAAAACCAUGCUAACGAUGCUUUUGGGAAAUGCACCCCAGAUCGGGGAAGUUAGGACAGUAGGUUUUUCUCUGAAAAGCAAUGCCACAGACGGUUCUUCUGCUUUGAAAUGUGUGUUCUGUGUCUGAAUGUGUGUUUUUUUUGUUUUGUUUUUUGGCCUGUAUGAUUCCGCCCACUGCCAAUUUUCCCAAUAGUAUUUCAACACUCCAGGUUGUCAUUUGGCAGAAAACACACAGCCAUGGAAGAUCGCAAAGAUCGCACCAGAAAGUUCAUACAAAGUAAAAAAAAAAAAAAAAACAGUGCCACAGAUGGUUAUUCUACAUUUUAAUGCAUGUUCCGUGUCGGAAUGUUUGUUUUUGUUUUGGUUCGUGUGAUUCCGCCCCUGGUUUGCCAUUUGGCAGAAAACACAGCAAUGGAAGCCAGCAAACCAAAUGAUUUCAUAAUACAGUGUUUUUAGUCAUUUUCACAGAUGUGUAUGAACUGGGAUUGUUUUGACAACAUUGUCAUCUGUACAUGAAACUCAAAAAUCCAAAGGAAAAUGUUCAAAAAACUGUCAAGUUUAAAUAAUUUACUGUAUACAUACAAAUGUGCAUAUAUUCUUUCUCUGUGUACUAUAGUAUUGACUUGUCCCAAUAAACUUCUCCCAAGAACUACAACUGACUGCCAGCUUUUGAUGAAAUCAACUGAAGAUAAAAUAACACAUCCUCAGCUGAGAUUUUUUGAGAGAUUUAAUGUUUUUUGCUGUUUUUUUUUUUGUUUGUUUGUUUUUGUUUUUUUAAAACAUGAUUCUAACUGUGCCAAAAAAAAAAAAAAAAAAGCUGAAAACACAACAGGUUUUCCAAUAUACAAAUAAAUAAACUGCUUUACCAUUUUCUUUCAAAUGCCCUGUAAUAUGUGUGUUGCCCACCAGGUGAGGGCGCUAACAGUUAAGACUCCACUGGAGAGCGAAGCCAAAUAAAGUUCAGUUAUUGAUAUGGAUAGCGUGCAGACUCGUUAAUAACUUGGUGUCAGAAGUGGGAUGCCAUGCCCUAUCAUGGGCUCCUUGCAGUUCCUUCUCCUGAAUGUAUUGCAUACUGGGCACUUGGAAAUCAGUCUUCAAGGAAUCAGGGAUAUCUGGAGGAGUAUCAUCUGAUCUGAGAUCUGCUGCUGUGAAGAUGGUGUUUGUUAAAGAGGAGAGUGAGGAGGACAUGAAUGAACCAGAAUCCUGGAGAAUAAAACACGAGGAACAAGGAGGAUUGGUGAAAGUGAAAGAGGAAAGAGAAGAUCUGAUGGAAGUGGAGGAGAAACAUCAGCAUCAGAAAGAUCAUGACGUCCCUGGAGAAGAAUCAGUGAGUUGCAGCAUUCAAAAAACAGAAGUCAAAAAGCCUUUCAGCUGCUCUCAGUGUGAAAAAACUUUCCAACAUAAAAGAAGCCUUAAGAAGCACAUGCUAAUUCAUAUCAGGAUAAAUGCUUUCAGCUGCUCUCAGUGUGGAAAGAGUUUUACACAUAAAUCAUACCUUAAUGAACAUUUAGUAACUCACAGUUCAGUAAAGCCUUUCAGCUGCUCUCAGUGUGGAAAAACUUUCGCACGCAAAUUUCACCUUAAGACUCACAUGUUAAUUCAUGCUAGAAUAAAGCCUUUCAGCUGCUUUCAGUGUGGAAAUAGUUUUGCACAAAAAGGAUGCCUUGAGAAUCACAUGUUAGUUCAUACUGGAAUAAAGCCUUUCGUCUGCUCUCAGUGUGGAAAGGGUUUCACACGCAAAAAAAGCCUUGAGAAUCACAUGUUAGUUCAUACUGGAAUAAAGCCUUUCAACUGUUCUCAGUGUGGAAAGAGUUUCACAGAAAAAGGAAGCCUUAAGACGCAUAUGUUAAUUCAUACCGGAAUAAAGGCUUUCAGCUGCUCUCAGUGUGGAAAGAGUUUUACAUUUAAAAAAAAUCUUAAAGAACAUUUAGUUACUCACAGUUCAGUAAAGCCUUUCAGCUGCUCUCAGUGUGGAAAGAGUUUCACAGAAAAAGGAAGCCUUAAUAAGCACAUGUUAAUUCACACUGGAAUAAAGCCCUUCAGCUGCUCUCAGUGUGGAAAGAGCUUCACACAAAAAGGAAGCCUUAAGGCUCACAUGUUAGUUCAUUCUGGAAUAAAGCCUUUCGUCUGCUCUCAGUGUGGAAAGAGUUUCACCUGUAAAAGGGGAAUUAAUAGACACAUGAGCAUUCACACUGGAGAGACGCCUUAUGUGUGUCAUAUGUGAGGAGGUUUGAGAGGAACGUUACUCUCAAACCUCAUCUGCACCGAACUCACUCUGUCGUAACGCCUUAUAACUGUGAUCACUGAAGUAAAAGUUUUGCUUUUCCAUCAUUACUGAAGAGGCACCAGAAAGUUCAUAUAAAGUAAAAGUCUCAUGUCUGUCCUGUUUGUUGAAGGAGAUUUCUAGGGUUGACUCUUUAAAAAGGCAUGAGCAUGAGAGUGUGAACUUUUAUUUAUUUUUUUUUUUUGCUAAUAUUUAGGAAACAUGUUAAGUUCAUAAAUGUAAAUGACCAGCAUCAAGCACCCAAAUCAAGACUACGUGAAAUGUUUCACACUGCAGGUCAUUAUGAAAUAUUAUUCUACGUUUGUGUGUAAACCUUCUUUUUUAUUGUUAUUAAGACAUAAAAAGAGUUGCUUGGUAUUGCAUAUAAUAAAAGUGGUGCAAGUGUGUACAAGAUUAAUUGAAAAGACGAAUAAAAAAAAAAAACUGACUCUACCAUUGUAAAAUUGUUGCAGUCCAUACAUUUUUUUGGUUACAAAUGACCCAAAAUAAAUUUGAGCAAGUACAUAAUUUAUCAUUUUCAUGGUGUUUGUAAUCCAGAAAGGUCUAAAUAACAAUCAUCAGUGACAAAUGAUUCACCUGUAGUCAGAAGUAAAAAAAGAAAUCUACAGGUAAAACUAAUACACACUAAAAAGUCACGCAAUGCUGAUGUUCUUAUUAACAAAUUGAGAACAAAGUUCAACAAUAAUAAUUUGCAUGAUUUGAAGUGAUAUGAGCUAAGCAAUUAUAAUUAAUAGAUAUAAUUAAUUAUAAAUAUUUGGAUCAGUUAAUAAAAUUAACUUAAUGUAAUAAAUUAAUAUUACAAUCAAUUAACCUGUUGUCCAAUGAACACACAGUGUUAAUUGUUUAUUAAUUCUAAGAAAUGUUCAUUUCCAGGUUAUGGGAAAUAACAAUCUUAUUGUACAGUACUACUCAGAGCAUGUAGUCAGGAUCUGCAUGAAUAGGGACUCCAGUAUAUGAGCAUGAAACACAGACAACUUUAUGUGUGACAUGAACAAGACUUUAUUAACUAGACUAGGCAAGGCAAGGCAAUUUUAUUUGUA